AUGAAAACAAAAAAGCUCUUAUUUUCAGGAUUGGUUGGAGGCAUAUCACUGACUUUGCUGGCUUAAAAAUUAUAUCAAUUGAGAAAUUAAAAAAAUAACCAGAUAAAAAAGAAGGAUUAUUCUUUAGAAGAAGAAUAGCAGCUCUUAUAAGAAUAAUUAGUUAGAAAUAUUUAAUUUUUUGGUGAAUCGCAAUCAAAAAUCGAAACUGCUCAUAUAAUGGUCUUUGGUGUUGGUGGAGUAGGGAGUCAUGUAGUUUCUGCCAUAGCUCGUUCUGGGGUGAAAAGGAUUACAAUUAUUGAUUUUGAUAGAGUUACUCUAUCAUCCUUAAACAGGCAUGCUAUAGCUACUAGGAAAGAUGUCGGUAAAUCUAAAGUUGAGAUAUUUUCUGAUUUUAUUGCAUAGUUAAAUCCAACUAUUAAAUUAACAACAGUUGAAUCUUACAUAACACCUGAAAAUAUUGCAAGCUUUUUUGCAGAAGACAAACCUGAUUAUGUAAUCGAUUGCAUAGACAAUAUUGAUGCAAAAGUUGCUUUAAUUACCUAUUGUGUUUAAAAUAAAAUUAAAAUCAUUGUUUGCUGUGGAGCUGGAAUGAAAUGUGAUCCAACAAGAUUAUAAAUACGAGAUAUUAGUGAAUCAUAAAAUGAUGAUUUAGCAAGAGCAAUAAGAAUGAGACUCAAAAAAGUAGAUAUAAAAACUGGAUUUAAUGUUGUAUAUUCAACUGAAACUACAGAUAGAUAAUUAUUACCAUUAUAAGAACAUUAAAAACAUGAUCCAGACAAAUAUAGAGUCAUGCCUAAUUAUAGAUUAAGAAUAGUACCAGUUUUUGGAUGUAUGCCAGCAUUAUUUGCCUAUUCAUUAGCUGCAUAUGUCUUAUGCGAUCUUGGAGAUUGUGCUCCAACCACUCUAUGCUAAAAUGAUAUUAAAAUGCCUUAUUUUAUUCAAUAGAUUUAAUUGCUAGCUCAACAAGCUAAAAAAAGCAAUGUCGACCUAAAUUUAGAUAUUGAGGAUCUAGUUGUUAUUUAUAAAGCAUAUAAUGGUUAAUGCUUAGUGAAAGACAAAAAAGCAAGACCUUUAGAAUUUAUAUAAUUUGAUAAAUCGCAGGAUAUUACCCCUAAAAAUGUAAUUCUGCUGUCAUCUGAUGAAGCUAAGAAGCACAAAUAAGGAUAAACCAAAUUUACACAAAUCAUAUUGGAUAGAAAAUAAUAAUACGACCAAUUGAUCUAAGAGAAUUUAGGAAUAAGAAUUUUUAAUUGA